AUGAACAUGGACGAAACCAGCGAUGGAUCGACUGAAUCUACUCGUUCCCGUGAUCUGACCGCGGCCGGCAUGUCCACUGAAGUAUUGACAAAAGAGGGAGCUGGACGGCUGCGGGAGAUUGGUGUUGCUCACGCUACUGCUAUAGUAGCCGAAGCUACGGUCGAGCAGAGGCUUUUCACAUUGCAAGAAAAGAUAAUCCGCUUCACGAUGACUCCUUGCUUCGACCGAGGACCUCGGAUGAACGGACCGUGUAACGGGGCACCCUGA